AUGACGGCGGAGAAGGCGCUGCCUCUGGGUAACGGGAAGGCUGCAGAGGAGGCGCGGGAGUCCGAGGCGCCAGGGGGCGGCGGGGGCGCGGCGACCGUGCGGGACCCGCGCGACAAGGCGGUCCACGAGCGCGGCCACUGGAACAACAAGGUGGAGUUCGUGCUGAGCGUGGCCGGGGAGAUUAUCGGGCUUGGUAACGUGUGGCGCUUCCCUUACCUGUGCUACAAGAACGGAGGAGGAGCAUUCCUGAUUCCCUAUGUGGUGUUUUUUAUUUGUUGUGGAAUACCCGUGUUUUUCCUGGAAACGGCUCUGGGACAGUUCACGAGUGAAGGUGGCAUUACAUGCUGGAGAAAAAUUUGCCCUUUAUUUGAAGGCAUUGGCUAUGCAACACAGGUGAUUGAGGCCCAUCUAAAUGUAUAUUACAUUAUCAUCUUGGCAUGGGCCAUUUUCUACCUGUGCAACUGCUUCACCACCGAGCUCCCCUGGGCCACGUGUGGGCAUGAGUGGAACACAGAGAAAUGUGUGGAGUUCCAGAAACUGAACAUGAGCAACCACAGCCAUGUGUCCCUGCAGAAUGCCACCUCUCCCGUCAUGGAGUUUUGGGAGCGCCGGGUCCUGGCCAUCUCGGAUGGGAUUGAGCACAUUGGGAAUCUCCGCUGGGAGCUGGCCUUGUGUCUCCUGGCAGCCUGGACCAUCUGCUACUUCUGUAUCUGGAAGGGGACCAAGUCCACAGGAAAGGUUGUAUAUGUCACCGCGACAUUCCCCUACGUUAUGCUUCUGAUCCUCCUGAUCCGAGGGGUCACGUUGCCUGGGGCCUCCGAAGGCAUCAAGUUCUACCUGUACCCUGACCUCACCCGGCUCUCUGACCCACAGGUCUGGGUAGAUGCUGGAACACAGAUCUUUUUCUCUUAUGCCAUCUGCCUGGGUUGUCUGACUGCUCUGGGAAGUUAUAACAAUUACAACAACAACUGCUACAGGGACUGCAUCAUGCUCUGCUGUCUGAACAGCGGAACCAGCUUCGUGGCCGGCUUUGCCAUCUUCUCGGUCCUGGGCUUCAUGGCAUAUGAGCAGGGGGUACCUAUUGCCGAGGUGGCAGAGUCAGGCCCUGGCCUGGCCUUUAUCGCUUACCCCAAGGCUGUGACCAUGAUGCCUCUCUCCCCACUGUGGGCCACCUUGUUCUUCAUGAUGCUGAUCUUCCUGGGCCUGGACAGCCAGUUUGUGUGUGUAGAAAGCCUCGUGACCGCCGUGGUGGACAUGUACCCGAAGGUCUUCCGGAGGGGCUACCGGCGGGAGCUGCUGAUCCUGGCCCUGUCGGUCAUCUCCUAUUUUCUGGGCCUCGUGAUGUUAACGGAGGGUGGCAUGUACAUCUUCCAGCUCUUUGACUCCUAUGCCGCCAGUGGGAUGUGCCUUCUCUUUGUGGCCAUCUUUGAGUGUGUCUGCAUCGGCUGGGUGUACGGAAGCAACCGCUUCUAUGAUAACAUCGAAGACAUGAUUGGCUACCGGCCAUUGUCACUCAUUAAAUGGUGCUGGAAGGUCGUGACCCCCGGGAUCUGUGCGAGCAUCUUCAUCUUCUUUCUGGUCAAGUACAAGCCCCUCAAGUAUAACAACGUCUACACCUACCCUGCCUGGGGCUAUGGCAUAGGCUGGCUCAUGGCGCUGUCCUCCAUGCUCUGCAUCCCCAUCUGGAUCUUCAUCAAGCUGUGGAAGACAGAGGGGACGCUGCUCGAGAAAUUCCGGAAGUUGGUGAUCCCCAGUGCUGAUCUGAAAAUGAGAGGCAAGCUUGGGGCAGGCCCACGGACGGUGAUGGUUAAUGACUGUGACGCCAAACUCAAGGGCGAUGGGACCAUUGCAGCCAUCACAGAGAAGGAGACGCACUUCUGA